AAACGCAAGAAUAGAACAUUUAAAAAACACGACGCACCUCGUCCUUAUUUUUAGCCGCCCCAAAUCUUCAAUCUCUCUCUCUCUCUCUCUCUCUCCAGCGAUUAAACAUUGGGUGUCUCGCAAGGACGAGUUGGAUCCACUCUGUCAAGGUCUGCCCUUUUGUUUUUUCAUCUGUAUUAUGUAUGUUUAGUUGCUCUCUCCCUCUUUACUUUAAUCCCUCAUUUGGGCUUCUCUUAGUUUUAUACCCCAUUUGUUUCUCCCUUGGAUCUCAUCUUUGAUCCCUCAACUACGUUCCAUUCCACAUUUCUCGAUUGUUUUGAGGUUAAAGUUUGAAUCUUUGUCAUUUCUGUUUAGCUGCUGCUGCAUUUUCUUGAUUUUUAAUUUUUAGGUGUAUUUUUUGUUUUUUUUGUUGAAUCUUGAUUUGAGGAUGAGGGCUGAUCUUGAUUUGUAAGUUAUUUGAGUUUAUUUAAAGAUUUGCUUGGUUUCUGUAGCCCGAUUGUUUAAUUCUUGUUUAUCGGAAAAUCUAUAUUUUUUUGAAAUUGUUAGCAAAAUGAGUGAAGCAAAGGUGGAGCAGCAGCAGCCUUUGAUACCACCAUCUUACUUGCGAAAACUUCCUGAUUUUAAGCAAUCUAUUAAGUUGAAGUAUGUCAAACUUGGUUAUCAUUAUCUCAUUACUCAUGGAAUGUACCUUUUUUUAUCCCCUCUUGUUGUUGUGCUUGCUGCCCAAUUGUCUACAUUUUCGCUCCAAGAUAUCUAUCUUCUUUGGGACCAUUUGAGGUUCAAUCUUAUAUCUGUGAUCGUGUGUUCGACUCUUUUAGUCUUUCUAUCAACCCUCUAUUUCCUUACCCGUCCUCGCCCUGUGUAUCUUGUGAACUUCUCGUGCUAUAAACCCGAAGAGGAGCGGAAAUGUACGAGGCAGACUUUUAUGGAGAAAUCUACGCUUACUGGUAACUUUACUGAUGCAAACCUUGAUUUUCAGAGGAAAAUUCUUGAAAGGUCAGGUCUUGGUGAAGACACUUAUCUUCCUGAAGCUGUGCUCAGAGUACCCCCAAAUCCGUGUAUGGCGGAAGCAAGAAAAGAAGCUGAACUUGUAAUGUUUGGUGCCAUUGAUGAGCUCUUAGCUAAGACUUCACUGAAGCCAAAAGACAUCGGAAUUUUGAUUGUUAACUGUAGUUUAUUCAAUCCUACUCCUUCUCUUGCUUCUAUGGUUAUUAAUCAUUACAAGCUUCGAGGGAAUAUCUUGAGUUAUAAUCUUGGUGGGAUGGGUUGCAGUGCUGGUUUAAUCUCAAUUGAUCUUGCCAAAGAUCUACUUCAAGUACAUCCUAAUUCGUAUGCUCUAGUAAUUAGCAUGGAGAACAUCACCCUAAAUUGGUAUUUUGGGAAUGAGAGGUCGAUGCUUGUUUCCAACUGCUUGUUUCGUAUGGGAGGGGCUGCCAUUCUGCUUUCAAACAAGAGAUCAGAUCGACACCGAUCCAAGUAUCAGUUGGUCCAUACUGUCAGAACCCACAAAGGUUCUGAUGAUAAAUGCUUUUCUUGUGUUACUCAGAUGGAGGAUCCUGUUGGAAAAGUUGGAGUCGCUCUGUCGAAAGAUCUGAUGGCGGUUGCUGGGGAUGCUUUAAAGACUAAUAUAACUACUCUUGGUCCUCUUGUGCUGCCAAUGUCUGAGCAGCUGCUCUUCUUUGCUACAUUAGUCGGAAAAAAACUGUUUAGGAUGAAGAUAAAGCCUUAUAUCCCAGAUUUCAAACUAGCGUUUGAGCAUUUCUGCAUUCAUGCUGGAGGAAGAGCAGUGCUGGAUGAACUAGAGAAGAAUUUGCAGCUUAGCGAUUGGCACAUGGAACCCUCGAGGAUGACUCUUAACCGAUUUGGCAACACCUCAAGCAGUUCCUUAUGGUAUGAAUUGGCAUAUUCAGAAGCGAAAGGGAGGAUCAAGAAGGGAGAUAGAGCAUGGCAGAUAGCAUUUGGGUCUGGAUUCAAGUGUAACAGUGCUGUUUGGAAGGCUCUUAGGACUCUAAACCCUGCAAAGGAGAAAAGUCCAUGGAUGGAUGAGAUUCACAAAUUCCCGGUAGAUGUUCCCAAGGUAUCUGCCGUCUGAAGUUAAAGCAAAUACUAAUUCAUUAUCAGCCCCAUUUUAUAAUGUUGCUCAGAAUUGUGACAUGUAUUUAUGUGAUUUGGGUAAUUGGGAAUUGACUAAGGCAUAAGAUUACAAGUUGUAACCUUGUGAUAGCCUAGAUUCGAUCUUAUUCAUAGGGUAGAAGCGAGUUCAGCUUUCUAUUUCAUGGAAUAUUGGUGUCAUAAAUUUUGGGCCCCCCGAUUUUGCUUCUAAUUUUGUUAUGAUGAUGAUACUGAAAUUUCUCA